AUGCGUUUCCCCAGGACCAUCGUCGCCGCCAUGGCAAUCAUUCUUCCAGCCUUGGCCUCCAAGGAAGCCACACAACAGGCUCUCCUCAAAACCGCAGAAAACGCCGUUCCUGGUGAAUCUGCCUUGUUCACUACUUACACGGGCAAGCAAACGCCACUCGCAUCCAACUAUACCCAAGUCAUCAAUGCGACAGGAACUGGAGAGCCCGGUGCAGACGAUCUUCUUUUCCAGAACCUGCUCUCUGCCGAAUGGGUGAUCUACAGCUUCUACCAGCAAGCCGUCGAGAUAUUCAACGCCUCAUCCUUCACCAGACUCGGAUUCCCCAACACCACCUACGAACGUAUCCGAGAAAUCCGAAACAAUGAAGCCGGUCACGCCCGCAUCUUCCAAGACAACAUUUCCCAGAACUCCCUCAAGCCCGGCCCCUGCACAUACUCCUUCGGUUUCGGAAACGAUGCAAUGAAAUUCCUCGCUCUCCAGGUCUACAUCGAAGUCGCCAGCCAGGCCUUCCUCACAGGCCUCCAGCUCCAAGCUACUCUGAACGUCUCCCGCUCUACGUUGGCAGCUCUUGGACAAGUCGAGGCCCGCCACAACACAUGGGCUCUGAUCGAGAACUGGAAAGUCAGCCCGUUCUCCGGCCCCUCUGAUACGGCGUACCCCUACGCAAACCAGAUCCUGGACAUGACAAACUCAUUCAUCUCUUCUUGCCCGUCCGCGAACCCCGAGUACCCGUCUCCCCGCCAGAACCUGCCGCAGAUGGUGUUCUGGGCGAACGGAACCACUGCUGCUCCUGGUUCGCAGAUUCAGCCCUACUUCUAUCAAGCUAGCAAUAAGCCUAAGUUUGAAACUGGAAAGGACUAUUAUGCUGUUUUUUAUCAUGGCGUCAAUACUAUUAGUGUGCCGUAUGACUGGAAGAAGGGGUUUGUGACGAUCCCUAAGCAGAUUGAUGUUGCUUCGGGUAUCAUUAUCGUCAAUAUCGCUGAUGAGAAGGACGCUCCGACUGAGGCUAGUGUUGUGGCUGGACCUAUGGUUAUUUUGGAACAACCUACUGCUUUGGCAACGGAGGAGCCUGAUGCUAUCAGUGAAUAA